ACUUCCAGGAACAGUGCAGCUAUCGGAGGGGAGUGAGGUGGACACAGCGGCUAUGGACUGACAUCUGAAAACUGCUCUUUUCUUUGAAUUCGCACAGCUGCAGACUUCAUUUCACUCUAACAUCUCCGGACUCUAAAAAUCCUUCAAAUAAAAAAAAACCUGAGAAGGGAUACUGCUCUUGAUGCGCAAGUACAGACAUGUCUUCAUUUUAAGGUCAGGAGCCAAAAAGUUUGCUCGAGAUCACACAAGCAAAGAAAAAUCAGAUUCUUCCUCCAACUGAUUCUUGGUGAAAUUUAUACAAUCAAAAGAGGACCGCGAGGCCCAAGUCCUGCGCUUGUCCUCUUCCUUGUGCAAUGCCGAAGAAUGACACGUGGCCAGGCAGCGUUGCCAUGGAAUCCUUGAGCAAUUUGGACAGUGCCGGGAGCUGCGACAGUGUAAUCAGCAUGAACUCUGGCUAUAGUGAAGACAGUAUGGAGCACUUAUCUCCCGAAGAGAGGGCAUGUCUCAUGUAUCUGGAGGAAACCAUUGAAGCGCUGGAGGUGCAGGAGGACAGCGGCUUAUCCAAUUAUGAACAAGAUCCUGGGUUACAGGCAGACAAAAUGGGUCGGAUGAGAGUAAAUGAUAUUUCCAGUUUGGAGUCUGAUGAGUCCGGAAGAGACCAGAAAUCAGAGCCUGGAUCCAGAGUGUUAACCAUCGAAGACAAAGCUAAGCAUCACGCUCUAAAUCAGACCUUAAAACCACAGUCCUCUCCUGCCCCUGCAGUCAACACCAAAGACCUCGAAACAUCAAUGAACCACAUGACUCAAUCCAAACCUCCAGUCACUGAAUCAGUCACUGAUUGCAAAAUCCACCCAUCAGCUACUCAGAUGUGUGUAUCCACGGCUGGAGAUGGUAGUCUCAAGAUUGUCCCAAGUGCCAGUCUUUGCCCCGGUCAGGCCACUGGGGCCUCUGAGAUAGAUGUGGGUGUGAUCCCUCCUCCCUCAGACUUCAUGGAUGAGCCAGGCCUUCCUCCACUGCCAGGGAAAGUAAAAGACCUUCCUCCAUCUGCAGGAAUAUCCAAUAACAAGCCAGGAACAACUAUUGACUUGGAGCAGCUACGCCAGAGAGCCUCUGCACAGAAAACUUCAGUGAGUUCCUCUGGGACCCAGGAGCCUCCAAACAAGCCCCCAAAACUGAGUCUUCCUGCCGUCAGCUCUGGUCACUUAAUGAGUCCUCCUGAAGCCGCUGAGCUCAGAAGUCCACCUGCAGUGGCCCCCAAGCCCAAGAAGCUUCCCGCCAACAUUAUUCUGAAGUCACACAAGGCAGCAGCGGUUGGCUCAGAUGGCACCUCGGGACAUCCGGCGCCCACUAGCAAUGACCGGCUCUUGUUGGACCCCCAGAGGGUUCGCAUUGAGGCCCUCCGAAAGCUUGGCCUGCUGCCUGCUGAGGCACAUUCAGGCACCGCCCUGAGCCCUAAACUUUCUCCCAAUACUAGAAGUUCAUGGACAGCUCCUCCUUCUCCAAUCAGCCCAGCUGCUCCACAUACACCACCCUUGAUCCCAUCUUACACCAGUGUCAACUGUCCACCACCUGCUUCCAUCCCGCUCCAGUCUCCUGCAGCUGUGUUGCCAUCGGCUACGUCUACCGCUCCUGCAGUCCAGCCUGCUGAGGUUCUCCCAGCACCUGCCGCUUUCAGUGACCCCGUUGGACCUCCACUGUCAGAUAACGAUGCUGUCAAAGAUGCUUCACAGGCCACAGUAAAUGCACAGGUGAACAUGCCCCCUCUCACCCCCCCUGCACUGGUCAAGCAUCUAACCCCACCCAAGGUGGUAGGUGUCAAGUCAGCCACCCUGGAGCGCUCUGGCCUGGGUAUAAGCAGCUAUAUGGCUAGUCAAGACUCCAAGGAGGCCAGCCAGGGUGUCAGCGGUGAGCAGAGCCCCAGCCAGCUACGUAACAAUCGGGCACGCCCCGCAUCUCUGGGGAGUGGGAAAGAGUUUACAAGAGCUCAGGGAGAGGGUUUGCUGGUGGGCCGUGCCAGCAGCAAAGAGCCAGACUUACGGAAGUCCCUGCCUGCCCAAACUGCCUUUCAGCACACCGGAGACUCUCAGAAGCUGCCUCGAUCCCAAGGCAUCAGUGUUCUGAUCUGCCCUCGUGCAGAAAACGUAGAAAACCGCCGCGAGGCCCUUAAGAAGCUGGGGCUGCUCAGAGACUGAGGCAUCGAUCUUACACCUCAUCUUUCUGCCACAGACUUCCUAUAGAUGCUAUAUUUAAAGGAACAUACCCGAGAUUGAUACAGGAUUGAUGAAGGCAUUACAAAACUUUUGGGGAGCAGCUUAAACCACUUAUUUAUGCACUUUCAUUUUCACGUCCUGACUAUAUUGACUCAUUGUCAUGUCCACUCUACUGUACUUGUUACGGAUAUUGUACAGCCAUAUGCACAGUGUUUUAUUUCUCAUGAAACUGUCAAUCAAGGAUUUUUGGGAUAUUCACUGACUCUCAUACUGUAGCUGUGCUUUUUGUAAAUUAAAAAUACUGUUACUUUUAAGAGGCAGUGAGUUACUCUGUCAUUUUAAUGUUUAUUGUGAUCAGGUAUGAACCUUUUUGUACACCAGUGUCUGUUUUCACACAUUAUUGUUUGUUACAGUGACACCACUGUGAGGCUGGUUCCCCUCUUAGUUCUCCUUUUUAGAUACGAAAAGGUCACUGUUGUUCACUUUCACUUCCUAAAAUCCGUUAGGAUUUUUUUUUUAGCUUUUUUGACUACAGGAACUGUCUAAUAUGUUGUGUACUUAACAUGAGCUGCAUUAAUCUUGAAUUGCUGUUUGUCAAAACAACGGGUUUUGCAUCAUAAUUGGAGGGUGUUGAUUAAAUGAAUAAAAAUGUAUAAAGUA